CACAUGCUUUGGUGCCCUGUGGCAGGGCCUCUUGGAGCGCUCCGAGCUGUUAUUUUGGUGCUGGACUCGAGGCCCAGCACGAGGCCCGGGCCCCAUUAAUCGAAUCCAUUGGUUCUAUAUCACGACUCCUAGGACCGCCACACCCUAGAAAACAGCCACUCCUGUGCUCAAACAGCGCCCCGACCACAAAGCGUUCGGUAACCUCCACACAAAACCCUCCACGACAGCACGCACAAAUUGGCGCGCUGCUCAGCCUGGCAAGAACCUUGCGGGUCUGGAGUGCGGGAAUAACGAAAGCGGAGUUCCGGCUGUGAGCCCGCCUCGCUGCCAGCCACCUGGCGGUUGCGGCCAUGGCGACGCCGGGCGUUCCAUCGUCGCUCCCCGCGAGCGGCGUCGCGUUCGCGAUAGCGCCCGCAUUGCUAACCGCGGGGUCGCAAUCUGAACACGUGGAGCUCCCACGUGCUAACUUGAUUGGCGCCAUCAGCACGCCCGACUGGUCGGCGAUGCCCAACGAUGUGCUGCGCAGCAUCAUCGAGGCGGCAUCCCGGCUGCCGCUCGGCCGCCCUGACAGCAGCCCCUCAGCCGCCGACGCUGCUGCCGGUGGCGGUGAUGACCCGGGUGCCACAGACGGCAGUAGCAGCAGCAGCAGCGGUAGCGGUGGCCGUGACGCAGGCGCGGCGACCGCUCCUCCCGUAACGGUACCCGCAGCAGCCGGUGGCGAUGACCUUGACAUGGCCGCCGCCGCCGCCGCCGCCGUGCCCGCCGCUGCCGCCGCCGCCGCCACCGCUGCCGCCGCCGCCACCGCUGCCGCCGCCGCCAGCGCUGCCAGAGCAAGUGUUGGGGCGCGGGCGGCCACGCCGCCAGUCCAGGACGCAAGCCAGGCCCAAAACCAGAUCCAGAACCAGAACCAGAGCGGCCAUACGCAGCAGCACCCGCAAGUGGAGGAUGUGCGACUGGAGGAAACGUUCCAGCACACCGUACGAACGCUGCGGUUGGUGUGUAGCGCAUGGCGAGACGCGGCCGCCGCCGCCGUCACACACCUCGCCGUCCCAGGGCCGUUGCUGGCCCUCCAAAAGCGCGGUGGCGGCGGCGGCGACGGUGGCGGCGGCGCAGGUGUGGCGGUUAAGCCGUUGCGGUUGGUCUUUCCGGACCUGACGGCGCUGGACCUGUCCAACCACCAACAGCUAACUGACGCCGAGCUGGCGGCGGCGGUUGGCGGGUGCCGAUGCCUGAGCCACCUGCGGGUGUGCGCGGCGCGCCUCACGCCUGCGGGCCUGGCGGCGCUGUCCUCGCUGCCCGCGCUGCGGCACCUGGAGUUGUGGGCCGUGCCGCCGCACCUGCCGUACGCCCUGGCACACGUGAUCAAGGCCGCGCCGUACGUACGACACGUGACGAUCCGCGGCGCCAGCAAGCCCCUGCUGCCGCCGCCAGCGGCGGCGGCGCCAGUGGCGGCGGCGGCGGCGUCGCAAGCUGCAGGUGGAAGCGCGGCGGAAGCAGGAGCGGAGGGAGCGGAGGGAGCGGCGGCGGCGCCGCCGCCGCCGCCGGUGGCAACGCAGUCGCUGACGACGGCGCAGAAGCGCUUUCCGUCGGUGCGGGAGGCGCCGUCAGUUGCGGGGCCGUCGGCGGCGGCGCCGGCUCGCCACGCCGUCGCCUCCACGGCUGCCUUGUCAAAGCCCGUGGGCGGCUGGGUCGGCGGCACGGGCCGGACAACCGGCUACGCCGCCGCCAGCAGCGCCAUUGCACCAACGACGGCGGCGCCGCCGCCUCCGGGGCCGCCGCCGCCGCCGCCCGCGCCUCAGCCGCUGGCGCGGCCGCAACGAGGUCCAGCCCUGGUGGUGGCGGCGGCGGCGGCGCCGCCGCCGCGUGGGGAUGCGCCGCCGCCGCCGCCGCCGGGCCCGCCGCCGCCGCCGCCGCUGCCGGUCUGCUCACCUCCCAUAUCGCUUCGGAAACGUCCGCGCGCCAUCCCAACAGAGCCCUUGUCCGAAGCGCCGACACGCAGGGCUGGGCCGCCGCCGCCGGGCUCGCCGCCGCCGCCGCCGCCGCCGGGCCCGCCGCCGCCACCACCGCUGGUUUUCGCCGUCGCCGCACGCGGUAGCUCUGUCGUUUCACCCGCGGCUUUUGCCCCUCAUGCCAACGGCAAUGCGCACCGACAGCCGCCGCCGCCACCGCCGCCGGGCCCGCCGCCGCCGCCACCAAACCUCCACAUCUUAGCGCGGCAGCUGCGCUCUGGCCGGGACGCCCUGGCCGGUGCCGCCGCCGGAACCUCCGACCCCACGACGGCGGCGGCGGCGGCGGCAGCGCGGCCGCCGGCUGACGCCUCUGCAUCUGGCCGGGGCGCGCCGCCGCCGCCGCCGCCGCCGCCGCCAGGACCGCCGCCGCCGCCGCUGCCGGUGGCGGCGCACGCGGAGGCGUUGAUGGCCCCUGCUGACGCGGCGGCGCAGCUGGCACGUGCGCUGCUCGGCCGUAGCAGCAGCAGCAGCAGCAGUAGCAGCAGUAGCAGCAGUAGCUCGGAUGACGAUCAGCAAGCCACUGGGCUUGCCGAAAGCGCGGCAGCAGCACGGUCGACCCGGCCUGCCGCUGGCUCUCCCGCUGCCUCCUGUGCUACAGCCAACGUCGUCUCGCGUGCUACAGCCGGCGCCAACCUCAUCUCCUCACGGUUCUCAGCACCCACGGCACGCGCCGCAGCCGUGGCGGCGGCGGCGGCGGCGCGGGCGGCGGCGGCCGAGGCGGCCGAGCUGGUGGCGGCGCAGGCGGCGGCUGAGGCGGCGGCGGCGGCGGCGGGUUGGGAGUCUCCGCUGCUGCAGCUGCGGUCACUUCACCUGAUCGACGUCCGCGGCGGCGCCUGGCCCUGCGUCACCGCCCUGGGCGCCCUGACAGACUUGGAGCUGCGGGAGUGCGGCAGAGCCGAGGGCGCCGCGGCCAUGGCCGCCAAGCCCUUCACAACACUGGCCGCCAGCCUGCCACGCCUCAAGCGGCUUGCCCUGUCGGGCGGCGGCGCGGCGGCGGCGCUGGAGGCAUCUGACGUGGCCGCCGGGCUGCGACUGGCGCUGUCGCCGGACCGCGGCGGUUACAGCGGUUACGGCGGUUACAGCGGUUAUGGCGGUUACAGCGGUUACAGCGGUUAUGGCGGCGGCUGCGGCGGAGGAGGAGGAGGAUCACAGCACAAUGGGGUUAACGGCUCGGCGUGGGGACGUGGCGGCGACAGCGCAGGCGGCGGAGCUGGAGGCGGAGGCGGCGGAGGCGGCGGAGGAGGUGGAGGGGGAGGCGGUCUGGAGGAGUUGGUGUUGGAGGGUGCGGCGGUGGUGCCACACCAGGUGGUUCUGCGCUCGGACCUCGACCAAAUCCUAUCGGCGCUGACUGGCCCCGCCACUGGCUAUGCUGCUACUGCCGCUGCCGGCGCUGCUGGGGCUACUGCCGAUAACGGUAACGGCAGCGCCAACGGUAGCGGUAACGGUAACGGCGUUGUGGCGGCAGGCAGCAGCCUUCGGUCGUUGGUGUUGCGGCGGCCGGGCUGGACGUUGGAGCGGUUGAGGUCGUUGGCGCCGCUGCGAGGGCUGACGCGGCUUGAGGUGGGCGACUGCGGCCCCUCGUCCUCCUCGCGCCAGGGGGCGGCGGCGGUGGGAGCCGGCGGCGCCGUGGCGGGCGUCAUUGGCGGCGGCGGCGGCGGCGGCGCGCGCGGCGGCGCGGCCGCGCUUGCCAGCGAUGCAGGCAUGGCGGCGGUUGCCCGCAUGUUCCCACACCUCCGCCAGUUCUGGCUGGGGGCGCCACACAGUGACCUGGUGACGGAGGAGGGGCUGGAGGCGCUGGCGGGCUCGGCCGCGGCGAGGUCGUUGGAGCGGUUGGAUCUCAUGGGCUGCAGCCGUCUGCGCAACGAGGCGCUGGGCCCGCUGCUGCGGCGCCUGCCCGCGCUCACCAGCCUGGACCUGUCCAACUGCCUUAACCUUCUGGAUUCCAGCCUGGAGGCUCUGAGCGGGCUGUCUGCGCUAACCUCCCUCAAGCUGCGUGGGUGCUGGAAGAUCAGCGGCACAGGGCUAGCAGCCCUGGCGCCCCCGGCGCUGCCGCGCCUGGUCGGGCUGGACUUAUGCGACUGCCGUGUGACCGACCAGGGGCUGCAGCAGGGGGUGGCGGCGCUGGCGGCCCUGACGCGGCUGCAGCUGGCGCGGUCCUGGUACGUGCGUGCGCCCGGCCUGGCCGCUCUCUCGCGCCUCAGCCGUCUGGCCUCGCUGGACCUGGGGUCAACAAACACCGACAACACAGGAGUGGAGCAGAUGGUGGUUGGCCUGGGCGGUUGCCUGACGGAUCUGGAUCUCAGCGCCACGCUGAUCAACCGCCACGGGGUGGCGGCGCUGGCGGCGGGACUGCCACGACUGCGCCGACUCAAACUGAACAAGUGCCCAGGUGUGGACGACGCCGCCGUGUCGGCGCUGGCUCCGCUGUCCUGCCUGAGGCGGCUGCACCUGCGCCACUGCCGCAACGUGUCCGACGCAGCCGUCAGCGCCCUGGCAGACGUACUCAUGCCCACAAGCAAGCCGGCAGACGUACUCAUGCCCGCCAGCACCAGCAAGCCGGCGACGACGCAGCAGGCGCCCCCGGGCAGCACCAGCAGCGGCACCAGCGGCACCAGUAGCAACGCCAGCGGCAGCAAGGGCAACGGCAGCAACGGCAACGGCGGCACUGGCAGCCGCAACGGCAGCAAAAGCAACGGCAGCGGCAAUGGCAACGGCAGCGGCAACGGCAGCAACGGCAACGGCAGCGGCACCAGCAAUGACAGCCUGCCGCCUCCGGUGACAGCGCCGGCGGCGGCGGUGGCGGCUGUCGGCACCAGCAACGGUGACAGCAACAACACCGGCAGCAGCAGUGGUGGAGACGGAGCUGCUGGUGGGAGCGGCACCAGUGGCAGUGGCACCCGUGGCAGCAGCGCCAGUGGCAGCGGCGGCAGUAGCACCGCCGGAGGCGGCGGCAGUAGCACAAAUGGCGGCGGCGGCAGUAGCACCGCCGGAGGGGGGCGGCUGCAGCACCUGGAGUUGGACGGGUGCUGGGCCGUGUGCCUGCCAACCAUGGACCGCCUGUACGGCAGGCCACGCGAGGAGUGGCGGCGGGCGGGGGAGGUGUGGGCGGCGGGCGGCGGCGCUGGUUCCGCCGGCAAUGGCAGCAACGGCGGCGGCGGCGUAAUGGUCAGCAGGCGCUAGAGAUUGCAUGGGUUGAUAGAGGGACCAGGGGUGAGAGGGACGUGCUGAUAGCGCAGUUCAGAUGUGGGUUGCUCCAGGGGUUGCUGCGUUGUCAGGCGUCAGGCUUCGAAGGCUGCAUGUGGUUUGGUUUCUGUGGGGCCCUGGGCCUUUGGGGGAAUCUGAGGGCGCGUCCAGGCCUUGUUUGCUGAAGUCUGAAGAGUAAAGUGGAGUUCUUGCUGGAAGGUUUUUCGAUUUUCCAAGCAUGACUGCGACGUUACGAGAAAAAGACGUGAUACCUUUUGAGGGAGCAUGAAUACAUGUGCAUGCGCGCUUGGCAGACUGGCCAUCACAACGGGUGUGCAUGAAUAUUAGUCCUGCGUACGGCAGGUGUACGGAGGCUGCUGUUGUGAUGCAGGUGUGAGCGAAGUAGUGUGAGCUAAGAGGGGGGGCAGCGGGGUGGUGCGAUGCCAAUGUGCCCGAUGGGUGGCGUGAGGCGCAUCACGUUCCAGAAAUGCAGUACCGUACGGUGCUGGCAUACGGGGUAUGCGGGCGUACACACGACCGUGCAUGAUGCUGUCGUGCUGUGGCGCAUCUUUUGCGCACGGGCUUUUGCAGUCGUGCUACGCUACUGCUGCUAGCUAGCUACCGUUCUGACGCUGCCGACAGGGGGGCACGAAGGAAGUAGGCGUGAGGCAUGCCGGAGUCGGGCAGUGCUGGUUGUUUGUGGGGCGGAACCAUCGGUAAUGGCCAGGGCUCGGAUUGCAGGUGUGCACUGCGCCGGUGUGCACUGCGCAGCAAUCAAGAAGCCAUCGUGGUCAUGUGCGGUGAAAGCAAUGUACUCACCAGUUGGCAGCAGACAUAUACUCAUCCAUGCAUCCCCGCCAGCGCUCGUAUCUUCCUUCGUUCGGAACGAAAUUUGCCCAAAAAGGCCUCUGGCGGACGAAAUUUUUUUGAACUUGACUUGGAAUUUCGGCCAAAACGCACGGGAUCUUGGGGGGUCUUUCGGCAAACAGACGAAGACAUUUUUGGGAUUUCGGCCACUUUUGGCCAAGGACAGGGGGUUACAGCGGCUACUCCACGGCCGAAACCUGCGUGGCAUAUGGUAAGAAGGCUCAAAGGGCUGUAUCUAUGGGUGUUGACGGCGGGAGACAGGGUUUUACCUGGCGGGAGAGUGAGGUUGGGUCGGCGGGAAGCAGGGGAGGAGUGGGCGUGUCGUGUCGGUGUCGACAUCGUGCGGGUCGGGGGCGGAGCCCCUGGAAAAAAUUUUGGGGGUGAAUGAAGCGGCGGCAGCCUGUUUCGUCAACUAAACGAAGCCAUUUUAAGGAAUUCGGCCACUGACGCCGCCCCUGCCUUCGUAAGCAGGGCUCCUAUCUUAAUGUCUCCAGACAUUAACUGGCCAUUUUGGCCGUUUCCUAGACAUUCCUCCCGGGGACUAAUGUCUGAGGCAAGACAUUGUUGGCCCGGUUUUGGGGCGGGUUUUGUCCGAAUUCCUAUGGAGAAGCCCCCAAACCGCCAUGUGCCCAGACAAAAGACGGCGGCCACCCGGCCGUUUUUGUCUGAGCCCAGACAUUGCCCUGAAAACAAGAUACGACCCCUGUUCGUAAGAUACGAGCGCUGAUCCCCGCAUGUGCGGUUCCACGAGUUCAGGCUCCAUGACCUUGCUUGCGGCCUAACUGCCUGAGUCAAUCCGUGACACGUGUGACGUGUUGGUGAGAGAAGAGCUGAGAGACGAACGUGCACAACUGUGCGCGGCCGCCUACUCCCUCCUUCAUCCUGUAGUCCAGGAAUCAAAUAAAAAGCUGUAUGUAACUGUAUCGGUAU